GUCUUGUUCCGUACUUCCAUGUCGUCCUCCGCCUUCGCCCACUCACCGCCAUGUUCCGGUGCGCGCUCUGAGGCGGACUUGGCGGGUUGCGAAUUCCGAAGAUAACUGCAGCACGGCCUGAGGGCCUCUGACGCGUGAGAUCCCGGCCGUCGCUCGAGACCGCUUCUGGGCACAUCCCCGACCACUCCCCGCGAAUUCGUAGUCCGGAUACACCAUCAGUAAGAAAUUCGUAGAUGCGUCCCGGGCCUCUUAUAGGCGCGCCCGUCGCGCUCGCGGCGCCUCUGAAAGCCCCCAAGCAACUUGCUUACUCCUGACGCCUGCGGAUACGUUGAAUAACCCAGGAACGAGCAGCUCUUACACCAGCAACCUAUCAUCACUGACGACUUGAUACGCGACCUCGACUAUGAAAGACAAGUCGUCUGUGUCUAUUGAGCUCGGUGAGCGCGCAGUGUACAUGACGGAGGAUGGCGGUAGUGCCUCCCCCGCCAUGGUACGCGCCGAGUUGGUAAUGCGCCUCGCGCGCCCGACGCGCGUUACCUCCAUUGACGUCACUCUAUGUGGCACAUCCUUUGUGCAUUGGCCCGAGGGCCACGGCACCCAAGCCGACCAUAACGAGGUGCACAUCGUCCACCGCGAGUCGCGCACUCUCUUCGAUGCCAGUGCUACCGAAGAUGCCGACGACGGUGACGAUCUGCCACCACCCACCUACGUAGAGACCGAGACUGAUUUCUCUCGUCCACGCUCUGUACAAUCGACCUCAUCUACUUCGUCGUCAGAUUUCUCGGCCAUCAUCAGCGCUGAUGUCGACGACGAGAUCACGCGCACUCCCCCGGAGGUGUACCGCACACUCUCACAUACAUCAGCUAUGUCUAAUGCACGGUCGUCACCCUCUACUUCUCGCCCAACUCGGCGACCUACCUCGUCGACUUCGCAUCGUGUGACCUCACGAUCCCUGUCGCGCUCUUCUAGCUCCUCUUCCGACCACCAUACUCACAGUAUCCUUCACCUCCUCUCUCCUUGGCGCGCAUGGAAGUCACACAAGGACACCUCCCACCCACACGACGAAACACGGCUGCCCGUGAUCUCCGUCUCAGAAGACGAGCCUGCGGACCCGCAUGCGCGGGCAACAUAUAAGGAGUUCGCUGCAGGAACCUACACCUACCCCGUCGCCUUCAACCUCCCCGCAGGUGCGCCGCCAACACUGAUGUGUGCCCGUGGCUCCCUCCGCUGGAAGCUCGUCGCUCGCGUCGAGCGCGCGGGGUCGAUGGCGCAGCACGCGCACGGCCUCCUUGACUUCCACUCGCAUGACAGUGCUCCCGUUCAUUCGCAUGACGCUGCUCAGGCCCGUGGUCGGGGCGUCGCGCGACACGGCACCACCCACGAACACUCGCGGUCUCCUUCCGGCCACUUCACGCACCCGCCCGAGCCGCUCGUCGACGCGUGCGAGGUGCGCGUGAUUGCGUGCCCGCCGGCGGAUGGGGCGGAUAUUGGGUGCGCGGUGGUGGAGCGGGAGUGGCCAUCGAGGGGGGAUGCGAGGUCGAGUAGGAGGACGAGCGGCGAGGAGCAUAGGAGGGGCGGUGAGGAGCCUACAUCUGCCGGUGAACCGUCAUCGAGUGACGGACCGACCUCAUCGACCUCGAAUGAAGGACCCCGCCGAACGACCAGCGUACCUCCGCGACGGAGCGUCAGUGGAACGGAUGUCCCUUCCCCUCGCCGAAGCACCAGCAUCGCACCGCACAUCAGCCUGAACGACGCUCCGCAACGGCGUGCGCGCCUGCAUUAUACGCUAACGGUCGGUACGCGCAGCGUCAGCGCGGGUGGGCUGCUACCGAUCUCGCUCGUGCUGGUACCGUUGGCGAAGGUCAACCUGCAUCGGGUGACAGUUUUGAUCGAAGAACAAGUCGCCUACCUCUCCCAAAUGACUGACGUCGUCCGCGUCGACGGCGUGCUCCCGAUCCCGCUCAUGAAGUGCAAGAGCGGCGAGCGCGUGAAGGGCCUCGACGGCGAGGAGGUGCGGACGCUGAGCGGGGACGAGGUGGUCGAGUUGCUGGACGACGAGCAGCCACAUGCGAAGGCGGCGGCUUGCGCGUUGGAGCAUUCGGCUUCGGCGUCGGCUUCGUCUCAUGCCUCUCCAUCUUCGCCCACCUCUCCGUCGCACCACGCCUCAUCAUCUCACCCCACCACAUUCGACCCCCUCUCCAUCUACGACCCCCUCACCUCAGCCACUUCCUCCCCGUUACAUCCCUCGACACCGCCCCACCACCUCCCCUCCGCGCUGCACGAGCCGUGGGCGCUCACGACCGCUCUCCGCGUCCCCGCGCGCGGCCUGCGCCCCACGAACGAGAACCGGGCGGCGAAUGUGCUGAUCACGCACGCGUUGGCGGUGACGAUGCGCGUUGGGGUCCGGCCGGGGGAAGAGGUGGCGCCAAAGACGAGCCAAGAGGCGGGGAGGACCGGUCAGGCCCCCGUGGUGGGUGAGAGGAAUAGCGUGGACCAACCCCGCCGCUCCUCCGAAGCCGACGACCGGCGCCACUCGGGCCUGUCCGCAGGCGUCAACCUCGCCGAGGUUGUACUGGAGGAGAAGCUGUUCGACGUGACGAUACGGAUGCCGGUGCAUGUAUAUUCGCCUCUCUGCACCCCUGACGCCCUCUGUCUUCCCAUGUACGAGGAAGAGGACUCCAGCUCAAGCCAUUCCGACGACCGCAGCACCGACGACGAGCGCGUCGGCAGGGAUCGCAGACACAUUCGUCGCGUCGCGGAAGCGGCGGCGGGUGUGGUGCCGUGGAUAUAAGGACUCUACAAAGGACUUGUCUUCGAUUGUACACAUUUCUUCAGCGACUGCACAACAUGUUUUUGAUGCAACGACGUGACGCCUCACGUAGAAGGGAUACCCACUAUAAUACCUAAUGUAUACCCUCGAGGAUUGUAAUACCAUGAAAGAGAAGCUGCAUCUCGAUUCCACAUACCUCACCAUCGGCUCUUUCCUUCGGAUAAUUGAGCCCGCGAUUGCAAAGUAUCCAUACAUCUUCGGCGAAG